GGCUCUACUUGUCGUUCAAACCAGCCCUCCUCCUUUUGGCCGCUCUUGUGUGGUGUUGGAUCCAUUGACAACUACUGCUGUAACCACAAAGACUGGUAGGAGAAACAGAAGAACACGCAUAGGAAUCGAAGUCAAUGUCCGCCCAUCUCCGCUUCCAUCCUCUCCGUCGUUCUCUCUCUCUCUCUCUCUCGCAUUUCUUCGAACGGCCUCCAACCCGACGACUCAUUGCCUUCUCUGUCCAUAAUUCUUUCGUCCUCCCUAAGAUAAGAAUCCAACAAGAGACAAGGAAAGUCUUUGCCCCUCUCUCCCUCUCUUUCUUUGCGGUAGAGGUCGGUUUGCGAUGGCUACCGCUGCGGCGUUUGCGGAUCGGGCGACGAGCGAUGCGUUGAUUGGUCCAGACUGGGCGAUCAACAUGGAGUUGUGCGACAUUAUCAAUAUGGAUCCUGGACAGGGCAAGGAUGCACUCAAAAUACUGAAGAAGCGCCUCGGAAGCAAGAACCCUAAAAUCCAACUUCUGGCACUUUUUGUGCUAGAAACCCUAAGCAAAAAUUGCGGAGACAAUGUUCACCAGCAAAUUGUCAAGCGGGAUAUUUUACAUGAAAUGGUUAGAAUAGUGAAGAAGAAACCAGAUUUAAGUGUAAGAGAGAAGAUAUUAGUGCUGAUAGAUACAUGGCAGGAAGCUUUUGGAGGAGCAGGAGGAAAAUAUACCCAAUAUCAUGCUGCAUACCAAGAACUUAGGGCCACGGGAGUUGAGUUCCCACCUCGUACAGAAAACACUGCAGCAAUUUUUACUCCUCAAACGCACCCAGUACCAUAUCAACCUGCUACAUCAAUAUAUGAAAACAUGGCUUUAGAAUCUUCACUUCAAUCUGAUGUUUCUGCUUUCAGCUUGCAAGAUAUCCAGAAUGCUCGAGGAAUAGCAGAUGUGUUAUCUGAGAUGCUCAAUGCAUUGGAUCCCAAGAACCCAGAGGACUUAAGACAAGAAGUUAUUGUUGACCUUGUUGAACAGUGCCAUUCUUAUAAAAAGCAUGUCAUGCUUCUCGUGAAUAGUACUGGGGAUGAAGAGCUGCUUUUUCAAGGUCUGGCACUGAAUGAUGACAUUCAGCUUGUACUUGAACGACAUGAUAAUAUGUCGAAGGGAACUGCUCCAAGUGUCAGGGCCCCAGUUGCUUCACCUGUACCUCUUGUUAAUGUAAUCUAUGAGGCUGAUCAGCUUGAGGAUGAUUUCUCCGAGCUAUCUCUCAGGACUUCAAGAGAUAAUGCAACAGCACAUGGUCGGAAAGCUUCUACCGCCAAAAGUCGAAGCCCUUUUCUUCCUCCACCUCAACCAUCAAAGCCAAUCAGCACAGACGCAAGCAGAGUAAAUUAUUCAAGUGGUGAUGUUUUCAGAUCAGAACAAGCACUGGAUGCUCCUGCUGACCCACCUGUGCCACCUGCUACUUUAUCACCUGUCAUCCCUUCUGCUUCAGCUCCAUCUUUGGAGUCUGAUGAACUGCCCAGGUAUGAUGAACCUAUUCAAGCAGCAAAAUUCAGCACAGACCAACUUCCAAAGGUUCCUCGGGAACAUCAGCCUUCUGGUUUAUUACCACCUCCCCCAUCAAAAUACGGCCAAAGACAGCAGUUCUUUGAGCAGCAGAAGCAUGGCUUAUCUGGUGGUGACUCUGGUGUAUCUUUCAAUGGAUCGUUAGAUCAAAACCGGAGCCUCUAUUCUAAUCAAGAAAAUACCAGUUUGGGCCCAAAACAUGAUCAACAACAUUUGGAAGGGCAGAACGUGUCACCAUCAACCAAACAAAUGAAACCUGAGGAUGCACUCUUCAAAGAUUUGGUUGACUUUGCAAAGGCCAAAUCAUCUUCACCAACCAAACCGUCCAACAGUCAUAGAACACGCUAAGUGGUUUCUCAGUCAGGUCUUGUGCAUUUCAUUGUGUUGUUUAUAAUCUUUUUAUCAGGCUAGGGGAGGGCAUAGUUGUAGUAAAAUAAAGGGAGACAUUUAUGUGUUUGAUUCUUAGUUGGUUUGGUUAUUCUGUGGUGUAUAUGAUGAGGAGAGUAAACUUGUUAUCCGAUGUUAGAAGAGAUAUUGCUUCAUUUAUACAUUGUGACUUAUGCCA